GUCUCUCUCUCUCUCUCUGCUCGAACACUGCUAGCCCCGUCGCUGUGAAUGUGUGUGUGUGUGUGUGUGUGUUGUUGUUGAAGCAAUGAUGGCGGCAGCGGGAUGCGGAUCAGCAACCGCGGCUGCCGUAGGAGGCCAAGGUGGAACCGCCACGGCCAGAGGUCGUUUCCCCGGUCGGCCUUGGUCGUCACGCAGUCGUUUGCGCUCCGAGAAACGAUGGCAACUGGGUCGAUCUGGCUCCUCGGAGUGUGAUGAUGUGACUAACGGAGGGCCAAGGCCCGCGAGCCUGGUGCUCUCGUUAAACGAAGACCAGUCUCACUUGCGCCUGCUCGGCAUAGAGGCGAGCCACCAGACCCUCGACCAGGCUGGAUACAGCUCUAGUGGGAGUGAAGAGGUGAGGUCCCAAACCGAACCAGGAGGAGACAACUUCAGAGGAUUUGAAGCUGAGAGAAAAGGCUCCAAAGGACCUGCAUGGUCACGACAGAACCCUUCCAAAGGUGAUGGUGUCAACACAAAAUCUAAACGACAAAGUGAGAAGCUACUGCUGAAAAUGCCAGCUGUGGAGGCAGAUAUUACCCCACCUGAUCCCGUAAAAGAUGUAAAUUCUUUGGAGGAAAAACACAGCGUAUCUCAUGAAGCAGAGCCUGCAAAAGAUUGCAGGAAAGGUUUGAAAGGAAAACUCAUUGUGGAUCGACAGUACGCUAAAAGCGGAGCCUCAUCAGCAGCACCAAGGAUUACUAUAAAGUUGGUGGCCAAAAAGAAAAUGAAAACCGUAAAGGAGUCUCAUAAAAAAUCUGCGAAGAAGUUGAAGAUAAAAGGAAUCCAGGAUCAGCCUAAAGCCAAGGACAUUCAGGGCGACCAGAUUUCAAGUGCUCAUGUCAAAUUAAAAACUGAACCACAUGAGGAUAAACAUGGCACAGAAGAUAAGGGAGGAGGGACUGUACCUGCAAGAAGGCGUGGGAGAUCUGCUUCAAAGACAACAGAGACUGUCUGCCAGACUAGCGCCAAAGCUGUGGUUGAUGACCAAAAAUCGAAAGAGAGAAAAUCAGCUGAUCGAUUUGACACUGUAAAGGAGAGCGGGACUGUGGAGCCAAAAACGAAUGCAAAGAAAUUAAAGCAUAAGGAAAUUGUGACCGAGCAAGGUUCUGAAGUUAAUCAAAAAGUAAUUCGUAGGAGCAUUAGAGUCACUAACCCACUCACUAAAACAGUCUCAGGCAGUGCAGCUGAACAAGAAAGUCUCAGUAAAAGUGAUCCCAUUCUGGUGGAGUCAAAGCCAGAAGUUUCUCAAGCAAGGGAGACCGAACCAUCAGCAAGAAGUGACAGACGAAGGCAAAGCAAGAGGCUGAAUAAGGAUGCUGCGGUGCCAGAAAACACUGGUCCAUCAUCCACAGAGACUGAUCAUUUAGCUGUACAAUCCAGUGACAGUUUGCCUUUGAAAAACGAGGAAAUGCGGGUCCCGAGUUUAAAGUUGCUGAAGAUCAGAAACCCAAAAUUUGACGCUCAGGCCAGUGGGAAAAAUUCAACUCGAAAGAAAAAACUGAGAAAAAAAUUUGUUUGGACUUUAACAUUAGUGAAGGGAGAAAGUCGGACACAGGGUGCUGAAAACACUGUCAAAGUAACAGAGAAGACUGUGAGUGAAGUGGACCAGUCCACGUUUUGUGACACCAGUGUCAACAAGAGUCGGAAGGUGUUGGAUAAAAAAUCAAAACUGGAUAACUCAACCCCGCAAGAGAGUAAAAGCUUGGACAAUAAUGUCAACAAGAGUCUGAAGGUGAUGGAUAAAAAAUCAAAACUGGAUAACUCAACCCCGCAAGAGAGUAAAAGCUUGGACAAUAAUGUCAACAAGAGUCUGAAGGCGAUGGAUAAGAAAUCAAAAGUGGAUAACUCAACCCCGCAAGAGAGUAAAAGCUUGGACAAUAAUGUCAACAAGAGUCUGAAGGCGAUGGAUAAAAAAUCAAAAGCUGAUAACUCAACCCCGCAAGAGAGUAAAAGCUUGGACAAUAAUGUCAACAAGAGUCUGAAGGCGAUGGAUAAGAAAUCAAAAGCUGAUAACUCAACCCCGCAAGAGAGUAAAAGCUUGGACAAUAAUGUCAACAAGAGUCUGAAGGCGAUGGAUAAAAAAUCAAAACUGGAUAACUCAACCCCGCAAGAGAGUAAAAGCUUGGACAAUAAUGUCAACAAGAGUCUGAAGGCGAUGGAUAAAAUAUCAAAACCGGAUAACUCAACCUCGCAAGAGAGUAAAAGCUUGGACAAUAAUGAGAAGGGUUCCCAAAACGAGGCGGACGUGUCAAUUGAGGAAAAGUCCACUUUACAGGUGGAAGUUGAAGUGGAACACGUAAAUGAAACGCCUCCACAAGAAAUUACUAAAACAGAUUGCGGGAAAGUUCCACCUCUUCAGAUCAAAAAGGUCUCCUCUCCUGGGAAGCAUAAAAGCUCAAAGCCAUCCUUUUUAAUUCAGCAAGUUAGCCCUGAAAAUAAAGAGGAUGUUCUGAAAGAACCAAGUGAAGUUAAUGAGGACAAAUCAUCAUGUCUGGAUACUGAAGUCACACCAACUAGGAGACUAAGGAGAAGGACACCAAGCUUUGAUUCACCACAAACAAAGUCUAUCAGUCAUAAGCCGGUGGUCACGCAGAAACGGAGGCUUAGAACAGGUCCACAGGAGGUAGAUACGCCGCAGGUGCACGUCGAAGAUUCUGUUCAGGCUUCAACUGAAGAUUCAAGCUCACAUGGUCUUCCUAAAAAUGCCUUUCAGGAUUUGGCUGAGGACCCCUCACAGGUGACCAGUGUAAACACUGAAACUCCUGAUAAGGAUUCCUUAAAGAUCGCUGACGAUCCCUCACAGGUGCCAGUUGAAGUUUCUCCACAGAAGGUGGAGAAUGAGGUAGAACCACAGAUCAAAGAGGCCAAACCAUUGCCUGUGCCUUCCAAACCUAGAAGAUGUAGAAAUAAUAAAGCAUGGAAAAAGAAGUCUGUUCAAAGGAAGAAGGCUGUUGUCUCUCCUGAAACUGCUGUCAGCACAGAGUUGGCUACAGUUGAAGCUACUAUCACAGAGUCUGUGCUAAAGGAAGAUAUUCAGCCUUCAGUAACAGAAGCAAGUCAGUCAGAAACAAAAGAUUGCACCCAGCCUGAGGCAAAACAGGACACCGUGCCAGUGGAAGAAGAGCAGAUACUGGCACCGAUAAAAGAGGAAACCGACAUUCAGAUGAUAGAUAGUCAACCAUCUUUUGUGGCAGAAAGUCAAGCAAGUGAUCCACAAACACCGUGCCUACGAAAGAAAUCUCUCAAAAAAGGAAAAAAGAGGCGUAAAAGUUUGAUUGGGCAGCGCCAGAAACACAGGCACAGGAGCAGAGAUGGGAAGUUUGCUCCACUUAAAUUAUCUGAAAGACAGAAAAUUGUUGAGGAGGAUAUUGACAUUUCCACCCCUGUGGCAGCUAUCACACCAGCCCCAAGACCCAAACUUAUUGGUGUACAUAAAAAGCACAAAAAAAGACCUACAGGCCUUCAUUUUAUUGGAUCUAAAAGGCCAAAACCACAGUCUAAAAUAAUUUCUAAGCUGAUGGAAAUCAGGCUUGACAAUGAUAGUUUGAAGCAGGAAGAAAUGGACACAUUAGUCGAUGGGGGACAAGCAGAUGUUCUAGAUGCCCAGCCUGGUAAAUCAAAGUUUGUGAAAAAUAUCAAGCACUUCAUUAUGCCCGUUGUAAGUGCCAGAUCCUCACGGGUGAUCAAGACCCCGCAAAGGUUUAUGGAUGACGCUGGAAUGUCGAUAUUGCCUCGAAGAAACUCACCAAAGAAGGGUUUACAACUGGGCUUGCAAAUGCGCCCGGGAAAGAGGCGAGAUGAUGGGAUGGGCAGAGCAAUAUCCCCCAUCCUACCGAUUGAUGAGGAGGACAUAUUGAACGAAGCUCAACUGGAUGUCGAUCUGUUUUCUCAGGAACUAGAUGACGACAUUGAUAUAGCUGACAGCCUGUUUUCUGAGAGAAAAGGUGGCAAAACUGAAAAGAAGAAGUCUCUUCUAAAGAACUCUACUUUCAAGUGGGAUGAGCUAGAAGAGUCGAGCGAUGAAGUGUAUACACUGGACAAAACUUCAGAGGACAAAUGUGAGGAUUUGUUUUUACCUAUACCAGUUGAUAAGCCCACAGAACUAUCUACUGACCCCCUGGAUGCCCCGAAAAAGAAAAGUUCCCCCAAGUUUAUUAAACAAGCAGCUCAGUUCAAGAUUUUUCAAAGGCUAAAGAAGGCGCAGACAGGAUUUCUCAAAAGCAAAAACACAACAGAGACGGAUAGUGUGAGUAAACUCCUACAGCCUCCUGUUGAUUUAGCUGAAGGACUCGAUGAUGAGGCCAUGAGCAUCAGCCUCAGGCAACGGAAUACAAACGCAGGGAAGGACAAAUCCAAGCUCAAGAUAGAAGACCUUGAUUCUCCUGGAGUGGUGAGAAAAGUUUCUGUGUGUGUUAGGACUAUGAACUCCAAGUCCCUUGCCCUUCAGCACGGUAAAAAGGAGAGUUUAGCAGGGAAAGACAUUGUCCAAUUUCACUCAGGAGGGUUGCAGUCAGAACAGAACUCAGGUGAAGGCGAUUAUCCUGGAUCUGUGGAGAAGGGAGCUUCACAAAGAGCGCGCCUCACUGGUGCAAAUAAAAGAAUGCUCAAUCUCCUCCGGAAAGCCAAGGUCCAGCUCAUUAAGAUCGACCAGCAGAAACAGCUUAAGUCAUCUGGGCUGUUAUCUGGCCCGACUGGCGCCAGGUCUCGAGAUGUGACCUCUAAGAGACAAAGAAGGAAGCAGAGGGUUAAGCUUGAUGCUGACGUUCCAGUCAAGACAGAGCAGCCUCAAGGACAACCGCAGGUCAUCUCCCCGCUGUGUCAGGAGUUCCGUAGAGCAGGAGGUCCACGUAUCAAGCAUGUGUGUCGCGCUGCAUCCGUGGUGCUGGGGCAGCCUCGAGCCUUGGUACCAGAUGACAUUCCCAGACUUAGCGCCUUGCCUCUGCAUGAAAGAAGCGGCAUUUCCCCCUCAGCCAUCCCUAAAGAUAUUGGGUCUCCCUCUGAAUCAGACAGUCCCGGGCUGUCAGAUCCAAAGGUCAUCAAGGUCAAGAAGUCGAAUUUAAUAAAACGGAAAGGACUCGGGCCAUUUGGGUAUCGUUCUCGGAGGUGUGGAAUUUGCAAAGGCUGCAACCACGAGGACGAUUGUGGCAGGUGCAUGAACUGCCUCGACAAACCCAAGUUUGGUGGUCCCAAUACCAAACGGCAGUGUUGUGUGUAUAAGAGAUGUGAUCAAAUUGAAGAGAGAAAAGCACGCAGACUAAGUGGAAGAACUGCACCCAAAGGUGCCUCUAAGCGACGGCGAUCCUCUCUCAGCGGGGGCCAUUCGAGUAAUGACGAAGGGAACGAGGGUGGUGCAGACUCGCCAUCUGGUCUCCAUGGUGACGGCCACAGUCCGUCACUAAGGAAGCAGCCGAAGCGUGUUGUGAAACCCCGCGUCUACUUUGACUUGGUGGACUACGACUCUGAUCUAGAUGACAAAGCUUUCUCAAGCUCUGCCUCGCCAGCCAGGAAAAGGGGCGCUGGAUCCCGUUUCAGUCAAGACUUUGUGUCACUGGAUGGAUUCCUUGGAGACAUUUCAGAUGAGGAAGUCAGGCAUCGAAAGUCCAGUUCACACCGCAUACCUUCUGCUCGACGUAAACCUGAAAAGGGUCCUUCGGAGCAGACUCCCCCCAGUGUCCUGGCUGCCCUGGCCCAUGGAUUUGAGCAGAGAGAAACUGAGUCUUCUAAACCUACUCACAAAAUCAGGGUUGACUUCAAGGAGGACUGUACUUUGGACAAUGUCUGGAAUAUGGGUGGUUUAAGUAUAUUGACCUCUGCACCGCCCAUGCCACCCUAUGUCUGCUUCCUAUGUGCCAGUAAAGGGCAACAUGAGAUGCUGUAUUGCCAAGUAUGCUGUGAGCCCUUCCACCAGUUUUGCCUUGAUCCAGCGGACCGCCCCACUGAAGAGAACAAGGAAAACUGGUGCUGUCGUCGCUGCAAGUUUUGCCACGUGUGUGGCAGGAAAAACAAGCACUCAAAGCCGUUGUUGGAGUGUGAUCGAUGCCAGAACUGUUAUCAUACUUCCUGUCUGGGACCAAACUAUCCCAAACAAAACAAGAAGAGGAAAGCUUGGGUUUGUAUGACGUGCAUCAGGUGUAAAAGUUGUGGCGUCACACCGGGGAAGAGUUGGGACACUGACUGGAACCACGACGAAGGACUCUGUCCAGACUGUUCAAAACUCUAUGAACUGGGUAACUACUGUCCAAUCUGCUUCAAGUGCUAUGAGGACAACGACUAUGACAGUCAGAUGAUGCAGUGUGGCACCUGUAACCACUGGGUACAUGCCAAGUGUGAGGAUCUAACAGAUGAGCUGUAUGAGAUCCUGUCCAGCUUGCCAGAGAGUGUCGUGUAUUCAUGUCGGCCAUGCAGUGUGACCCAGCCCAGUGCCUGGAGAGAGCUGCUCUACAUCGAGCUCAGGGCUGGGGUGGAAAAGGUGCUGGCUUGCUUGCUCUCUUCCACCCUUACCCAGCACCUUGUUGCCUGCUCACGGUGUGAAAAGUUGGUUGAUCCUGACAGUGGGAUAGAAGGACAGCCAGCCUGUGACCUCCGAGCUGUAGGCAAGAAGUUUGACAAAGGCCUUUAUACUACGUUGAAAAUGUUCCAUGAGGAUGUGGUUCAGUUGGUGCGAAAGAGGCUUGAGCAAGAGGAGGAUCUUCCAGAGGAGCAGAGACCCACUGCCCUGGCACGCUCUUACUACUUAAAGCUCCUCGAGGAAGUAUUUAAUUGGUUCAACAGCCAAGACCCAAAGGUGUGGAACUCUUGUACCAAAGACUUACCCAUGGGGAUGCUGUCCCAUGCUGUUCAUCCUCCUACAACGGAGCAUGUUUACGCCCAGUGGCAGGAGAGGGAGAAGCUCUCGUCCAGGGCUCCGCUGGGGCUCCUGCAGGACGACAAUGGACAAAGCUUAGUUGUAAAGGAGGAAGAGGCACUUUCUCCGUUGUCUGGUGAGCCAACAAGCCGGAACCACUUCAAAACCAGCAGGGCUGUCAGGCACAAAUUCAAAGGGAAAAGGGCCCGCCUUCCAAAAGCUGAUAUAGACACCGGAUGGUCUAAGGAUGACGAGAGACAGUGCUCUUUGUGCCAAAAAUAUGGAGACCUCAAACCUAAUGAUGCAGGCCGGUUGCUGUGCUUGGGCCAGAACGAGUGGGCACAUGUCAACUGCUGUCUGUGGUCAGCUGAAGUGUUUGAAGAGGACAAUGGCUCUCUACUACAUGUACACAGUGCUGUCACAAGGGGGCGCUUGAUGCGAUGUGAACGCUGCAACCAGACGGGUGCCACGGUAGGCUGCUGUCUGACAUCUUGUCAAAGCAACUAUCACUUCAUGUGUGCCCGCUCCCGUCACUGUGUGUUCCAGGAGGAUAAGAAGGUCUAUUGCCACAAACACCGACAUCUCAUCAGUGGCAGGAUGAUAACUGGCCAAGAAUUUGAAGUAAACCGCAGGGUGUAUGUGGAUUUUGAGGGCAUCAGCCUCCGCAGAAAGUUCUUGACUGGACUGGAACCAGAACUAAUCAACGUGAUGAUAGGUUCCUUACAGAUAGACCAACUGGGUGUGCUGACGGAACUUUCAGCUAGCAAAGGAAAACUAUUUCCUGUUGGCUUUCAGUGUACGCGUUGGUACUGGAGUACAGUUAACCCAUUGCGCCGGUGCAAAUAUACAUGUACAGUGCGGGAGGUUCGGCCCGUUGUCCCUGAGAAGCCUGUUGAGGAGAUGCCAGACCAAGGAGACAAUAACACCAUUGCUCACAGCCCGUGUCCUCUACCUGAAUCUGAAGCCCAAGAGACUGAAAUAAUGGAAUGCCAGCCCCCAAUGGAGGAAAUGUUUAUCCCAGGAUCUACCCCCAAGUCAGAUCACGGUGCAAGGCCAAAGAUCCCCAGGAGACCAGCUGGAGGAAUGUUCCGACCUCUGCCAUCCCCAGGAGCACUCCCGUUGAAACCCCACCACAUAUUAACCAUAAGUGAUCUGGAGGAUACUCGAAGGGUUCGUCGCCACAGCCCACACUCGCAGACACCAGGCCUCCGCAGUCACAUGGCCCCCCCUCCCCUGGGCCCUCUGCCUGGACCAAUCACCCUCCGUGCCGGAAAGUCUUCCCUUCCCACUUCCCCACUGUUCCCACUUGGUUCUCCAGACAACCUGAUGAAUUCUCCAUCACCCCGCCCAGUCGGAGGUAGAAGUGCUUCCUCAGUCCGAUGCCCUGGGAAUACAAUGAGCCAUUGCACUUCGUCUUUCUUUCCUCAGUCUCCCUGGCAGGACAGUUCAGGAAGCUUCCCCUCUCCAAGUCUGUCUUUCUCUCCAUCCAUACAGCAACUACCCAGAAAUCGACUGUCAUUUGAUCUGAACCAGUCAGACUCAGUCGAGGUGCCGCACAACUUCUUAGCUUCACCAGAGCCUGAAGAUGUCUCUCCAGCAAACGGUACAUCGCCCCAGGGGGAUUUAGACCAACAGAAGGAUGAAGAAGACUUCCCCUACAGUUCAUUCCACAAGGAUCCCAACUUGAGUCUGGGCCAAGAGAUGAGGACAGAACUGGAGAUUGAAGAGACUCUCCUGAAUGAAGGCGUGGCAAUGAACUGUGGGGGGCAAAUAGUGGUGGAAGGUGAUGAUCAGGAGGAAUUUUGGGGAAGAGCCCAAGACAUACACAAGAAGAAGAAUCUCGUUGCUAACCUGCCACGGCCUGCAGCCUCAGCCAGGGAUGACUUGGGCAACUCCUCUUCUUCUGAUGAUGAUAUGGAGCACUAUUUCGAUUUCUCGCGGACAAUAGUCAGCUGUCCCGGAUCAAAAGAUCAUUCCAAGUCUCCCUCCUCCCCUUCUUCCCGGCCUAUGGCUCAGCUGGAUGGUGUAGAUGAUGGUACAGAGAGCGAUGCAAGUAUAGCGACCAACGAUAAUGCUCAGAAAGUUGAGGGAUCUAGUCAAGCUCCGUUACAAGCCAAAAGCCUAAAUAAUAAAAAUGUCCCUGAAUCGGACGCCACAAACGGCACACAGGCGGUUCAGAGUCUGUUCCCCAAAGCAUCAUCCAAUGAUAAGCACACAGAUUCCUCAUCAGUUGCCAGUAAAAGUCCUACAGAUAGUUCACCUCAAGAUCCACCUAAAUCAUGUGAUGCCAGUCAAUCAAAUGAGAACAACAUGGGAUUUGUUUCUCCACAAAUUUCCAGAAACUCUCCACUCAAAGAGCAAAGCUCUGACACUCCUUUGGUAAACCAGGAGACCGUGCUUCCUACUCCAGUUCCUGAUGCUCUGCCUAACUUACUCACAAAGGUGCCUGAGUUAUUCCAGGGUUCCAGUUUAAGGAUUACCUCUGGAACACCUCUUGUUCUUGAGAGAUGUGACACUAGUCCACGUUUAACUGAGAUUGUUCCUUUGCUAGAAGGCACACCGCUUGAGAACCAACAGUCUGAAGCUUGUAAACCCCUGAACUCAGAGACUGACAGCGGCCACUCUACUGUGGUUGUGAACCACUUAGCAGCUAAUACAGUGGAACCCUCAUUAGCCGAUUCUGCUGAUAACAGUCAGCGUGUCCUGCUAGAUCUUCUUCAGCCCUCCCCUGCACUGUCUGCAGAUGUACAGAACCCCUCUCAAGGCCUUGUAGACUCUCUGCAGGUGUAUUCCUGUUUACCAGGUUUCAGUCAGCCUCCUCUAACAAGUAUUACACUUCAGCCAGUAACAUCCUCACAAGAGUUAACCUUCCCAUCCAUCGGACCUUUGUCUACUAAACUAACCACCCUUAGUGCUGUUGGAGACGUGACACAAACACUGCUAAAAGUUACCCCUCAGAACGAUCCAGUGCUAUCAGCUAUGUCAGGCACUUGUCCCCCAGCAGCAACAUGUGGAACUGUCUCUCUACCCAUCUACUCCACACAAACACAGCCAUUGGGUUCCACAGCUGUCACCAUCGUCUCUUCUUCUGCGUCGGUAUCGUCUCUUUCUGUAUUGUCAACGCAAUGUUCAGCAGCUCCGACAGCAGUCCAAACCACCCCAGCCCCUGUGAUCGUAAAUGGUUACAGCUCUUCAUCUGUGCAGAAGGAAGCUACAUCGGGUCACACAAUCUCCAUCAACUUUUCUACACCCAGGCCAGCUUUAGAACCUCAACAGCCAGUGGUUCCCCAGGCGUUACCUGGACAUGCUAUUCUUACAGUAAAGGAGGUGGGAGGCCCCAAUGUGGAUCCUACUCCACAUGUCCUGCUGGUCAACCGCCUCGGGCAGAUCUUCGUGAAGAACCCAGAAAGCAACACUUUCCAGCUGCCCACUCCCAGCUCCGCCUCAUACAACUGUGUCACCCAGAUCGCCAGCCUUUUGCAAAGCAAUGCACUGUCGGCCACACUAGCAGCAGCUGGUAAUAUGGCUGCGCCGCCCCCCGGGGCCAAUGUUGCAACGGCAGUUCCGCCGUCGGUUACACCCACAGUUCAAAAUCCAACCACAAUUACGCAGCUGCUUACUCACAAUAGCAACGGUGCAGUGGCAUCAGUUAAUGUGAAGAAGAAGAGUGCAAAAACACCAAAAGAUGAAACCGCUCCAGAGUUUAAAAAAACGAAGAAGAAGAAGGAUUCUAGUGCAUCCAAAAAAUCCAAGUCGUCCAAGGCCUCAGGGCAGCCUGUUCCGUCAACUGAGAAUCCUCCCAUGACUCCUGCUGAAAGUGCCCAAGCAAUUAUCAAUCAGGCAAUGGCGAGUAACUACACCCCCAAGUGGAGUGGGCUUCGAACACUAAGCCCGUCCUCACUGGUUUUACCACCUGGCCUAUUAAUUGAACCGGAGCCUCCAGUGUUGCUUAGCUCUGCAUCAGCAACACCAACGCCAGCUCCUGCCCCCCGACCUCGUACCCACGUCCGCAUGAAGAGAGUGUCUUCGCUUUCAGAUCGUAUUGUCACGAAGAAAUCUAAAGUUGACUUCCUAAAACCAGAGCCCCCGAGUGAGGAUGAGGAGCGCUGCAGACCUACCUUUCCAAGCAUCUCCAGCAGGGCUUCAGGAGUCCGCAUCAAGACCCCGACAGUGAAAGGAGUACUGGACCUGGACCAGUUAAAGCAGGAGCAUAUAAGCGAUUCUGAUAGCUCAGGAUCAGAGCCUUGGGAUUGUAUGUCUCAGGGCGAACAAGGCAAACCACACGCAUGGGAACCGGUGGGGCACAGCACCCUGACUGACUGGAAGAAAUACUCUGGCGCCGCGUCUACCUCAGAUGAUGAAUCACCACCAUCUGAUGAGGAUGCUGAAUUCCAAACUAACAGAGACCAGCCACACCUAAGAUUUGAGAUCAAGAGCGAUGAUGGUUUCAGUGCGGAGGCAGACAGUAUCGAGGUGGCUUGGAAAGCAGUGCUAGAUGGGGUGCAGGAGGCGCGAGCUAUUGCGAGGUUGAGACCUCUGACCUUUCAGAAGAUCACCGGCGCCCAUAUGCUGGGUCUGGUCCAUGAUGCAGUGGUGUUCUUGCUGGAGCAACUUCAAGGAGCCCAUCGCUGUCAACGACAUGCCUUCCGUUUCUUCAAACAGUUCACGCAGGAGGAUGACCUCCCUGUCAAUCCCAGUGGUUGUGCCCGCUCUGAGCUAUACCUCAGGAAGUCCACAUUUGACAUGUUUAACUUCCUGGCCUCUCAGCAUAGACAGCUUCCUGACAAUGGGCCUUAUGACGAUGAAGAAGAUGAGGUUCUUUUGAAGUCCACAAGACGGGCUACUAGUUUGGAGUUGCCCAUGGCCAUGCGCUUCAGACAUCUGGAAAGGACAUCCAAGGAGGCUGUAGGCGUGUACAGGUCUGCUAUCCAUGGCCGUGGUCUUUUCUGCAAGAGGAACAUCGACGGAGGGGAGAUGGUUAUUGAAUACGCGGGCAUCGUCAUUCGCUCAGUGCUCACUGACAAAAGGGAGAAGUACUACGAUGGCAAGGGUAUUGGCUGUUACAUGUUCCGCAUUGAUGACUUUGAUGUGGUGGAUGCAACCAUGCAUGGCAACGCAGCGAGAUUCAUCAACCACUCCUGUGAACCCAACUGCUACUCUCGAGUGAUCAACGUGGAAGGCAGGAAGCACAUCGUCAUCUUUGCUCUUCGGAAGAUCUACAGGGGGGAGGAGCUCACCUACGACUACAAGUUCCCGAUCGAAGACGCCAGCAGCAAACUCAACUGUAACUGUGGGGCCCGGAGAUGUCGGCGUUUCCUCAACUGAGACGUCCCUCGCAUGAAAAUGGUCGGAUCCGGUUUACUAGUAAGCCUUAAAUUAAGGUGGAUUGGGCUUGGGGAGGCAGUGUGCAGUUCGCACAGAAGGGGAAUUAGCCACUAUGAGACCAGUCGAGAAUAUUUGGCCGGUCAGAAGUGAUUUAUGUGGACAUUUUUAUGGAUUGUAAAGGAAGACGAGGAGGAGAACCUGCACAGAAAGUUCAUAUCGGGCAAGUUUCUUCUAAUGCCUGUGAAAGAGUUCAGAUGUACAGCUGACCCAGCAGCAACACCACAGCAGUAAAUAUUGUGGAGAAAGUUGUUUUGGUGUCCAUGACAACCGAUGUUAUAAUGUAGGGCGUUCCUGGAUCAGUAUGGAUGACACCAACAGAAUUUCUUUGAUACACACGUCAAGCCUUAUCUGUUUGAAUCAUUGCUGAAAAACCUAUAGCUAGGCUUUGAGAGAUUCCUUAUAUGUUUUAUUCAUUUCUGGGGGGGGGGUAUGUCUGUCUCUAGUACACUUGUAAUCAUGAUUGCUCCAUCCUCCAGUGAUGGGAACAUUAUAGCCCCAUCCGUGCAGUGGUGAAGUUAGUUCUUGAGCCAUACAUUCACUCAAACUUUUUAUUUGUGUGUUUUAUCUUACAUUGCUCGCGUUGUUUAAUAUUUUUUUUUCUUUUUAGACUUUUUUUUUUUUUCUUUUCGGGAAUAACAAAACAAACAUGGUGCUAAGCUUCGAAAGGUCUUUAAUUGGACAAAGAUGUCCUGCAAAAUCAGGAAUUGUUUAGCUGUUUAUUCACCCUGCUGAGACCGUUUAUCUUAAAUUUAUGCACUCAAGCAGUACUCUUAUCGUCAUCAUCGGAUUGUAAAGUGUCUGCUAAGUUUCACACCUUAGAUCGUUGGGAUGCUUUUUGUCACCUAUUCUCUUCCUGUGUUGACUUUAAAAACAGAUAGCAUCGCAACCGCUUCAGUCAGUAACAUAGUGUCAUAUUUAUAAAGACAGAUGCGUGUCUUUAAGACGUGUUUUUCUCUCUAUGUACAGUGUAUGUAGCAAACACUACCCAAGCCAAAAGUGAAGAGUUGUGGUGAAUAUCAGUUUUUUUUUUUUUUAAAUAUAUAUUUUAUUACUCUCAUGGCAGAUGCUCAUUACCUAUUGCAAUAAGACAUUGCUGCCCUUACAGUUGCACAUAAAUAACCAUCAAACGUACAAAUAAUCUUCAUCUUUGUGAUACCUGCUACAGUUUAUCUCUUAAUCAGGUAGAGCACUGGUAUAAAGCAUCGCCACUGAGUGUGUGUGUGUGUAUUCAGCUUGUUGAGAAUACGGCGGGCAGAUUUUCUAGAUGUUGCAGAAAACAGUCAGAAACGGAGCUGAGAGAAUGCACUCAGCACCUUAAAAUGUUGUUUAAUGUUGUUCUUAGUUGAUGUUCGGUGCCGUCAUUGAUGAGGCUAAUCUAAUUCACACACUGUUCAAAUUGGUAGUUCUAUUUAUUCAUGUUUUGAUUUAUAUUUUUAAUGGUAAAAGGUUGUGCUUUGUAUAAACGGUGGCGGUCUAGUGUAUUAGUGAGAUCUCCCCCAUUUGUAUCCUUUGUUUUAUUUUACAACUGAUGUCCUUUUGUUUCACUAAUUUACUUGAAUUUUCUUUCGGGGCAGUUGUGUCAUGCAUUUAAGCCUUUGUGACAAAUUGUUCUAAAGCAGGUAUUUUUAAAGAAUCAUUUUUAUUUUUUUGUUAAGCUAGAUUACUGACGGUCUUAGAAUCAGCCACAGGAGUAAAGUGAGCACUGUUUUGCCUCCCCAAGCCCGUAAUCGUCUUCCCCCCACCGAACCCUUUUUCUCUUCAAACUUCUUAGAGCAAAAUUUUCAUCUUGUUUUUUUUGUCUUGAUCUUAAUCCUUUUUCCUUCUUGCAUGUCCAAUCACUGGGAUGGAGCCCAGAUUAACUUGUGUCAAUCACCUAGCUGACAACAAGAGCAGAGUCACUCCCAACUCCUUGCAAGGAUUCUACCUCAGCUGUUUACACAGAUGUUUGGGAAUACUGAUGCAAAAAGAGAGGAUGAUAAUUUAAGAGUAGCUUGGUUUUAAUAUCCUGCAGAGCUGGUGUGUGUGCGAGUGUGUGUGUGUGUGUGUGUUUGAGGGUACGUCUGUGUCAUUUUGUAUGUGCGUGUGUUUGCAAUGAAGGAUGGAAAGCACUAGUCAAUACCUGAAGUUAUCAUGAACAUCUCUCCCAGAAUCUGUUAAGAAAGCUGUAUGUUAUAUAUACACACAUAUAUAAAAAUUCUAUAUAUAUAUAUAUAUAUAUAUAUAUAGUAGGGUUAUUUUAAAGUAAGUGUAAAAGACAUAAAAAUGAGAAAAUGUGAUCUUUAAAUUUACGUCUUUGUUACCAUGUACAAAUAAACCCUGGGUUUGUAAAUAUUUGUAUACAUAUUUCUAAACCUGUUUAAUUUUUCUAUGCACUUUUUUUAUUUAUAAUGUUAUUUGCUUAAUAAAGAUGUUAAGAUGUUUGAACAAA